AUGGCGCGUACUCGGGUCGCGUCCAGACGCGCCGCGGCAGCCCGCGUUUCCAAAGAACCGUCACCCGCGCCACAGGACACUGAUAGUAAGGACACCGACGUUGCUGCCGAGCGCGAAGACGAUGGGAAGAGGGUGUCGCGCAGGAUAUCGGCGCGCACCGCAUCUCGGACGAGCAUUGCUACUACAACAAAAACGACAAUCACCUCCAAUCCACGCCAAUCUGCCGCAUUGGACGCUGCGCGCAUGGAGCGCGAUGCUGCCAUGCUCCGACUGGAGGACAUAACCACCACAUCAACAACAGGAGGGGACUCGGCCGGACUGGAUGGCGAGGAUACGGAGAGCUCGCUGGAGGUGGAAAUGGGACGACGCGCCGUGGCCGCCACGCCCGCCCACGGUCGCGCCAGCGCUGCUGCUAGACUGCACGAUGUCUCGGGCCUUGACCUGGACGACAGCAUGUUUGACGAUAUCAACACGACCAUUGACACUUUGGGCCCUGCCAGCGCGUCGCGAUCCCUGGACACGUCGACCUUUUCCGCCAGUCAGUUCCGGCGCCGACCGCGUGCCGGCAGUUUCAUGAGCAGAGAUGACGGCCCCGUGAGGCCCAGUAGUCGCGCAGGACCCAACACUCCCGGUAUCAGCUCCACAUUCAACAUCGGUGUGUUCAAGAGGCGUGCGCGAGAACCCAGUAUUCUGGGCACAGCCCAGAAACCGAGGGCGGAGAGACCUAUGCCACAAAGUGACCUUGGCAAUGAAACGGACAAUAACUAUGACGAAAAUGACAAUGACGAAGAGGCAUUGGAAGAGCUUGAAUUAUCCCCAGAGCAUGAGUCAACGCCCCUGCGACGCUCUAAGAGGCGAUCCGGGGCGGCCACAUCCGGAGACGCAGAGCCUUCCUCAAAUAUCAAAUCAAGAAAGAGAAAGUCCACAGAAGCACACGAGCAGCGGCAGCGCUCUCCUCCAUUUCCACAAGACGACUCCAAUAUGGUGGACGAGUCGGAUGACGAGCCUCUCUCGUCUCCACCUUCGCUCCCUCCAGUACGCCGAGCGAGCACACCAUUGAUGGACGAAAACAUUGCGCCUCCCGAAAGUAGUGGCUCCGAAGAUGAGGCAGAGGUAUGGCCACCGCUCCAAUCCCUUGCUAGGGGACGCUCGAGGCGAGCACCGUCGGCACAACGAAGAACCCCCGUUCGCGACCUGGGACAAGGCGACAAUGAGUCUGACAUGUCAUCACCGCCCUCAUUGACCUACUCGCCGAAUUACGCCGACCCGUCACCCCCUCCCAAAUCCAAGCAGACGAGGGCGGCAUCAAAACCCAUUUCUACUGCAGACUUGACGGGACUUUUGCCUCGGCGACGUCAAAGAAGCGCCAGGAACGAUCCUCUGGGUGGUGAUGAUUCGGAUGAAGAGGUGGAUGCUGCCGGUCUCGGUAACGACGAUGACGAGCUGUCUUACCUCGACGUGAGAAGAACAAGGAGGCGGCCAGCCAAGCCUCUCGCGCGCGCCGGUACGUCAAAUCAGACGACGACGGCGCGCGCCCAGAAAAAGGACAAGGUGGCCAGCAAGCCCGCCAGGACGUAUGGUCGCCUGUCAGAUAAAGAGAACCAGGAAGAUGGAGAAGGCGAAGGAGAUUCUGCCAAUGCCGCGCCUGAUGACGACGAUGUCUUUGAGCAAGAGGAUUCCGGUCCUGGUGAGGAGCUCAAGAAUGCGGCCAAGAAAUUUGCCGAGGUGGACAAGUGGGAACUAGAAUUUGAAGAGAGGAUGCAAAGCAGCUCGCCUAGAGAUGCUAGGUAG